AUGGGCUAUACGAUUACCAACAUUUAUGUUAUCACCACGGUGGCCGUCAUCGGCGGUGCAUUGUUUGGUUUUGAUAUUGCUUCCAUGUCUGCCAUUCUCGGUACCCAGCAAUACAAAUGUUUCUUCAACCAGACUGGUAUAAAAGAUGGUAACUGCGGUGGCCCGACAUCUGCCAACCAGGGUGGCAUCUCAGCGGCAAUGCCUGGUGGAUCCUGGGUUGGAGCUCUCGUUUCAGGCUUCAUUACCGACUGGCUGGGCCGUCGGGGUGCAAUUCAAUCGGGCUCGGUAAUCUGGUGCAUUGGCAGUGCCAUCGUCUGUUCCUCCUUCAGCAUCGGUCAGCUCGUCGUUGGUCGUUUCAUCAACGGUUUAUCGGUCGGCAUUCUCAGUGCUCAGGUACCGGUAUACGUCGCCGAAUUGGCCCAGCCCAGCAAGCGUGGCCAGGUGGUGGGCGCGCAGCAGUGGGCGAUCACCUGGGGUAUCUUGAUCAUGUUUUAUGUGUCCUAUGGCUGCAGCUUCAUUAAGGGACCCGCCGCUUGGCGAACCCCAUGGGGCCUGCAGAUGAUUCCCGCGGUUCUUCUCUUUUUCAUGGUCUUUCUCUUGCCAGAAAGCCCCCGUUGGUUGGCCAAGAAGGAUCGUUGGGAGGAGGCCCACGAGGUUCUCGCCUCGGUCCACGCCAAAGGAGAUCGCAAUGCCCCCUUUGUUCAUACCGAGCUACAGGAGAUUCGUGAUAUGGUUGAGUUUGAGCGUCAAAACAAGGAUGCCUCCUACCUGGAUCUUUUCAAGGGGAACAUGAUCUACCGGACCCACCUUGGUAUGUUCACACAGAUUUGGUCGCAGUUGACGGGCAUGAACGUGAUGAUGCUGUACAUCACUUAUGUAUUCGGCAUGGCUGGUCUUACCGGAAAUUCCAACCUCAUCGCAUCCUCGAUCCAGUACGUGAUCAAUGUCGUCAUGACCGUUCUGGCCUUGGUUUUUAUCGACCGUUGGGGCCGCCGCACCCCACUCCUGGUCGGCUCUACCCUCAUGAUGACCUGGAUGUUUGCCAACGCUGGCAUUAUGGCGUCUUAUGGUAAACCGGCCCCGCCAGGUGGCCUUCACAACGUCGCAGAGCAGUCAUGGGAUCUCAGUAGCUCGCCCAGAGCUGCAAAGGCACUGGAUCUACCCCCUGAGCUAUACCCUUUGCGCCUCCGUGGCAAGGCUGUGGCGCUGUCGACAUCCUCAAACUGGAUUUUCAACUUUGCUCUAUCCUAUUUCGUCCCCCCUGCCUUCGAGAACAUCCAAUGGAAGGUAUAUCUAGUAUUCGGCGUCUUCUGCUUUGCUAUGACGGUCCAUGUCUUCUUUGCGUUCCCUGAAACCGCCGGAAAGACACUAGAGGAUGUUGAAACAAUGUUCACAACCCCGGGCCUCAAGCCCUGGAAGACCACAGUUCAAUUCCACCAUGUUCGGAAGCUGGAGCAAGGAGCAAUUCAGUCAGAGAAACUCGCCGACCUCAACGCCGAGGAGGGGAAUGUUCAGGUCCCUAAGUCUGUCGCGAAAGAGACUUCAGUCUCCCAGAUUGAAUAG